GUCUUUCUGAGGAAAUAGCUUCUUCUUUUAUUAUUUUGUUCUGUUUCAAACCCACUUGUUUAGUUUCUUGAUUCUUCUGUCUUCUAUUUUUAAAUCACUCUGUUUCCUGUUCUUUGUCUACUAGGGUUUGGAUUGUAUUUUUUUGGUAACUGUAGUAUCUCUGUUUUGGUAAACCUAGUUUGGGGUUUAAUAUACUGUUGUGCUGAAUCAAGCUAUUUGAUUCUUUUUAUAAAUAAGCUCCAUGGUGUUCUUAGGAUCAUAUAGUCUUUUUAGGGGUUUGAGUGUAUUUGAAGUUGCAUAUUUGUGGUGUUUGAGUUUGGUUUUUCCAGUAACAAAUUAUGAUCACAAAGCUGGAGUUUUAUAAAAUUUUGUCAAUUUCAGGUGUCUUGAGCUGCCAUACACUCACUGAUCUUUCGAACUGUCUCGAAAUCUUUAUAAUACUAAAGAUCAAUGGGUUGUUGUUGUUGUCUACCGAGUAUACCUGAAAACUCUAGAACUAUAGAUGAGCAUGUUCCCUUAUCUCUUGCGCCGCCUUCCUCUCUCUCUAAUACAUACACUUCACCGCUUUCGCCGCCUAUUCCUCUAGCCUUCUCGAAUAGAAAUCUUCAAACUACUCCACAGAAAUUACCAAUAGUUCAGAGCAAUUCGAGCGGAGGAGGUGCCCCUGGAAUCACACAGGUUGCUCCAGAGAAGCAAACAUGGCCUGUUGAUGACCAUAAAACUGAUCUUGAUCUAAAGAAAAAGGAUCGAGAAACAAUCGAUGAAUGUCCAAUUUGCUUAGAAGAAUAUGAUAUUGAAAACCCGAAGUUGCUCACUAAAUGUGGCCAUGAUUUCCAUCUCGCAUGCAUUCUUGAUUGGAUGGAAAGAAGCGAGGCGUGUCCUGUUUGCGACAAGGAAUUGGUACUCCCUGAAUCAUAAUCAGAGAGAACAAACACAAGAAGUGCGAAAAAUGGUACAAAAUAUUUGAUUAAACUUGCAUCAUUAGGAGUUAGCUAGCCUGGUGGUAUAAUGAACAUUCAUUGUUACGUUUGCAACAUUAUUCUCAAGCUUUGUGUUCUUUCUAUUGCUUUUUUUUCUUCUUAAUGUAGAAAUUAUAUUUUGAUUGUUUGAUAUUCUUUGAAGAACUCUAUAUUCACGAGUUGUUUCCUCAACCUGAAUUACUUCAAGGAAAAAGUUAAAAGUGCA